GCGUGGGUGGAAGUCUGUGUUGGAAGAGAAGAUGGGGUUAAUUGCUGGGUGUUGCUUGGCGGGAAAUUUCGGUGCAAAGGAGGCAAUAGUGUUAUUGAGAAUGACAAGGGCCCGCAACUAAGGCUUAAGGCAGGACGCAAACCGAGUCUGGGCAAUAGCGGGACCCCGCACCCACCUCGGCACUGCGGGCUGGCACCGCACGCCCCGCUUCCCACAAGCGCGGGAUGUGGAGCCGCCCGGGAGAAGACGCUCAGGAUGCUGCGGGCGUGGACUUUACAUCUCCUGGUGGCACAGUGAGGUGGUAGCUUGGCCUGGGUGAUCCCCACGCAGACCUGUCCCGGGAGCUUCCUGGGACAGAGACCAGAAACGAUCUUGAGGUGCUAGAGUUUUUUUGGUUUUUUGGUUUUGGUGGUUGUUUUCCCAUUUUAAGGUAAUACAUUUGGUAUACAUUAGAUAAUUAAGACGGGCUGUGGAUCUUGGGGGCGUCCGCCAGCGCAGGGGUGUGUUCAGGGGGGAUAAAGCUGUAUAUUUGAAUUGCAGGGCCGUGGGCAGCCUGAUUGCGGCUGCCGCGGGCAGAUUAUUUAUUGUGACCGCGCUUGGCGCUCGCUGCUGCCACGCUGUGGCGGUCGCCGGGACCGACGCCAGCCGCAGCCCCGCGUAGUGCAGUCUGGCGCGACUGCUGCGCGGGCCCCUCAUUGAUUCUCAAGCAGGCUGAGGAGAGGGGGGCGAGAGAGGACCUGACAGGCGGCCUCCCAGAACCUGACUACCCGGGCACCUCCCCCGACUUGGCCACCCCAGACAGGAGUUGAACGCCCGACUAGACUCGGGCCCUCCUUCCCUCCCACCUUUCUCCCCUUCCCCCCGCCCCCGCCCCCCAGCACCGUGGAGACUGGUUGCACAGGCUGUCUGGCACGUCAUGGUUGCUUCUGUCCAAACUGCGCGUCCCAAGGCGCCCCCAGGGGCGCACUCUGGUUCUGGGAACGCGCCCGCCUUGGGAUUUUGAAAUCGGAGAGACCACUCGUAGUCCUGCGGCCUGCAGGCCUGGCUGGCCCUGAGGAGGAUUGGCUAUGGCAAGGAAGGCGGGCUUUGGCUCCAGGAGAGGGCCUGUGACAGGCAGAGGCUGCACCUGUGUGCUAUGGGCUCUGGCUUGGGCUAGGGAUCGGGCGCACGGGGUAGCCUUCAAGGUCCCCCACACACACACCGGCAGGCCGCCCUCCAGGCUGGCGGAGGUCGAGGAGCUCAGUGGGCAGCCCAGGGAAAGGGCCCACUGUGGGGUCCUGCUCGCCAUCCCAUCCCCCCUUGAAGAGCAGCUAAAAGGCUACGUGUGCCGCCUGGUCAUUCAAAUUGUCAAUUUUAGGUCCAGAAGUGUCUAAACCACAAGUUCUCAAAACUCCGAAAAAUGGCUCCCUCCAAGUUAAGCAAUUCUGAAAGGCAUUCUCUGGGAAAAGUCUGUGGAGAAGUGAGGGAUCCUCUUGCAAAUAAUGUGGCCUCGGCAAAGACGGAGUAUCUUGGCUGUCCGCUCAAAAAAUGCCUAGACUGUUGGUGGAAAAUGAGUGGUGGGCUGCAAAACUUCAAAUGGCAGAUUAUCAUCACUUCAGAGCGCCCGAACACCGGAAAAGACGAUUCCCUGAGCACCCGGAGUUGGAGGCAAUCUCUGGUUCAGCCUUAAACAUCUUUGGAGGUCUGCGCGGGGUUGCUAUUGGCGGCGGAGCGUCACGUGACCGCGGGGCGUGCCAAUGUGCGCCCUCACGGGUGUCAAGCCCCUGUCAAAGUGUGCGAUCCAGAUCGUGAAACAACGCAAUGCAAAAAGCGACCUACUACGACAGUUCGGCGAUCUACAGUGGCUACCCCUACCAGGCAGCCAACGGGUUCGCUUAUAAUGCCAGUCAGCAGCCGUACCCGGCGACCACAUCAUUGGGCACCGAUGGCUACAACAGGCCCGCCUGUUCACUCCAGUCGCCGGCCAGCGCCCGGGGCCACCCUAAGGCUCACGAGCUGAGCGAGGCAUGUCUGCGCACCCUGAGCGGCCCGCCCAGCCAGCCCCCAGGCCUGGGCGAGUCGCCCUUGGCCCCGCUGCUGCCCCAGGCCGCGCCCCCUGCCCCACAGCAGCCUCAGCCCCCACAGCAGCCUCAGCCCCCGCCGCAGGCCCAGGCGCCCACUCCUGCCGCGCCCCCGCCCCCCUCUUCAGUCUCCCCACCUCAGAAUACCGGCAGCAACCCCACCCCCGCCAGCACGGCCAAGAGCCCCCUACUCAACUCGCCCACCGUGGCCAAACAAAUCUUUCCCUGGAUGAAAGAGUCUCGACAAAACACAAAGCAGAAAACCAACGGCUCCAGCUCAGGGGAGAGCUGCGCUGGCGACAAGAGCCCGCCUGGCCAGGCAUCGUCCAAGCGGGCGCGCACAGCCUACACGAGUGCGCAGUUGGUGGAGCUGGAGAAGGAAUUCCACUUCAACCGCUACCUGUGCCGACCCCGCCGAGUGGAGAUGGCCAACUUGCUGAACCUCACCGAGCGCCAGAUCAAGAUCUGGUUCCAGAAUCGCCGCAUGAAGUACAAAAAGGAUCAGAAGGGCAAGGGCAUGCUGACGUCAUCAGGGGGCCAGUCCCCAAGUCGCAGCCCCGUACCCCCUGGCGCGGGCGGCUAUCUGAACUCUAUGCACUCGCUGGUCAACAGCGUCUCAUACGAGCCCCAGUCGCCCCCGCCUUUCUCCAAGCCCCCCCAGGGCGCCUAUGGGCUGCCCCCUGCCUCUUACCCUGCACCCCUGCCGAGCUGCGCGCCUCCGCCACCCCCUCAGAAGCGCUACGCUGCGGCGGGGACUGGCGCGGGGGGCACAACCGACUAUGACCCGCACGCUCAUGGCCUGCAGGGCAACGGCAGCUAUGGGACCCCACACUUACAGGGAAGCCCCGUCUUCGUGGGGGGCAGCUAUGUGGAGCCCAUGAGCAACUCUGGGCCGGCCCUCUUUGGCCUCACUCACCUUCCCCACGCCGCCUCCUCAGCCAUUGACUAUGGGGGUGCUGGGCCGCUGGGCAGCGGCCACCAUCAUGGGCCUGGGCCAGGGGAGCCGCACCCCACCUACACGGACCUUACCGCCCACCAUCCUUCUCAGGGAAGAAUUCAGGAAGCCCCCAAGCUCACCCAUCUGUGAUGGUGGGCUCGGGGCUGCGCGCCAGGAGAGUCCCCCACCCUCAUCUUAUGCGUUUGCUUUUUUUGUUUUGUUUAAAAUUCUUCCUGUCCCUCCCUUUUAUCUCUCCUCUGCCCCCUUCUUCCCUCCCACUCCCGUUUGUUUUCUUUGUAACACGUUUUUAUAGUUUUUGUGACGUAGCAAUCUUGGUUGCUGGAAUGGCUGUCAGUUAUCAGUAGCGAUAUUUAUCUUAUCCCGCCCUCGCUAGGCCGCAGGCCCUGCACCCUUUACCGUCUCUACUCUUUGAUCAGAAACAGGGUAUAUGAACAAAUUUUCUAGCCGAGGUCUUCAAUGUGAAUUUGUUCGUACAUUAUGGCUUCCGAGGGGAAGCGAUUUCUUUUUUUCUUAAUUUUUAGUUUUUUUAAAAUUGCACUUCUUAAAAAGCGAGAAAAAGUCAAAGGCGCUUUGAAACAGGGGUUCCCUGUGCAAGGAUAAGUGUACGUCUUUCCGUGUGUGUAUGCUGGUGAACAGUCAGAUUUAUUUAUAUUUUUUUGCAAGCAUUGAAUAAUCUAAGUUUUAAAUAUUAUUUAUCCCCAUCCGUUCGUAUUUAUAUUAAAGAAAUUCUGUACCCUGAUUGUUCAGAAGGUUUCUUGGGCCUUUUGUUCAAUAGUGUAUUGGCAUACAUAGAAACAUUUUUUUAUUUGAAAGGGAAAUAUAAUUCCUUUAUAAAAACGGUAAUGAUGCAAUAAUACCAGAGAGGAUCCACCUUUCGAAAACAGUGAUUUAGGUUUGUAACAUCCGGCGAAACUGAAAAAAAAACAAGCACUAGCAUUAGAAAAAUGCUAGAUUUGUUCUGAGAGUUCUACAUUCCUUGCUGCUCACAUUCUGAGAAACAAAACAAAAAUAAAGUUUUUAUUCUGAAUAAUAA